AUGUUUUCCUCCAUGGCAUGGGUGCCGCGUGGGCGCUUGCUGCACAAUCCACUUAAGUAUCAGCCAACAGAAGCUGACGAGAAGGCGGCGCGAGCGCUUAUGGAGGAACUAAAGGCAGGAGUGGUGCCGGAUGAGCCAGAGGAAUACGAUUCCCAGUCAGAUGAAGAGCAGCCAGAAGGGUGCCCUGAAGAACCUCAGAGGGAAGCCCCUGCUAUUCAGGAGGGGGCACACGCUCCAGAGAAUAUCGUAGAUGAUGACGAUGAGGAGCAGCGAGACCAAUUCCAACUAGUUAAUAGUGACAAUAUGCUUAUAUGCGCGCGCUCUGCAGAGCUAGGGUUUGUUGACUGUCUUGUUUAUAAUGGACAAACGGACGAUUUCUUUUUCCACCACAAUAUACUCAUCACCUCUAUCCCCCUUUGUACCGUAUAUCUAGACUUUUCUCCGCUUGGAAACGGUGCCUCUGGCAACUAUUGUGCAGUAUCAACUUGCUCCACAGAGAUUGAAAUAUGGGAUUUAGACACUCUUGAUACCAUUUCACCAGUGCUUACAUUGGGUGGCUUCCAAGAGGUGGGUCUAAAGCCAAAGAAGUCAGCACCGUACAAUCAUUACUUAAAGAACAAACGAACUAAGCAGGUCCCUCUACCGGGCUCCCACAAAGAUCAUGUGCUCACGCUUUCAUGGUCAUCUUUGCAUCGUAACAUACUUGCCUCAGGCUCUGCAGACGAGACAAUCAAGCUUUGGGAUCUUAACACAGCCAAAUGCAUUGCUACAUUCUCUAAUGUACAUAGUGGCGGGCCUGUUUCCUGUGUACUUUUCAAUCCAUUUUGUCCAGGCCUACUGGCAUCUACCUGUAUUGGAGAUCGGAAGGUUGCUGUGAUAUCUGUGAUGGAUCCCUCUCCGGCCCCUAAGAUCCUUACCGUUCUGAAGGCAGAUCCGGAGCAAUUAGAUUGGUUAACAGAAGACUUGCUGUGCUGCACUACCGAAAUGGGCGAACUACUUGUGUUGGAUAUUAAAAAAGAUCCUCAGUCAGCAGUUGUGGGAUCUAUUUUCCCCCUAGCAGAAUAUGCUGUAUCCAUCGACCUCUCUCCUGGCAAGGCGCCGUUAACGGGCCUCUCAGUGCAUCCCGCAGUCAAGGGUCUUAUUGCAGUCGGUGGCCCAGAGAUUCCUGGAAUAGCCUUGUGCGCAUAUGUAGCGGACUCAUUAACGGUGCUGCAUGUGGAGCCAGUUGAGUUUUCCGUGUUCUCUCUUGCUUGGUGCACUGGGGAGGACUCCCUCAGUUUGGCCGUUGGAAGCUCUAACUCGACUGCAUAUAUAUUACAGCCAUUUGGCUGGUCUCUUGCCACACCCAUCCAGGAUGUCUUUAACAUACGUCUGGAUGUUCCCUCCCGCAAGCAGCACAAGCUCACAGUGGACGAUGACGAAAAAGAUGUGGAGGAUGACUAA